AAGGGAUUAACUAUUUUUUUUUUUUUUGACAGCCUUUUGGGUGUCCCAGUUGCAUAUGAUAACAUCAGAGUUGUGGGCGAACUAGGAGAUAUUUAUGAUGAUCAAGGACAUAUCCAUCUUAACAUUGAAGCAGAUUUCGUUAUUUUCUGCCCUGAACCAGGACAGAAGUUAAUGGGUACCGUUAAUAAAGUAUCUUCCAGUCAUAUUGGCUGUUUAGUACAUGGGUGUUUUAAUGCCUCUAUCCCUAAACCUGAGCAGAUGUCUUAUGAGGAAUGGCAGAACUUGGAGAUAAAUGUAGGUGAUGAACUGGAAUUUGAUGUAUUUCGCUUAGAUUCAGAUUCUGCUGGAGUAUUCUGCAUUCGAGGAAAACUAAAUACCACAAGUUUGCAGUUUAAGAACUCUGUAGUUUCUGAAGAUGUAGCAGAAACUGGCAUUGAAGAGGUUGCUGAAAAAAUUUCAAAGAAGAAGAAGAAGAAGAAGAAAGAGACAGGAACAUGUGCAGCAGUCGAUGGUGUCACAGAGCUAACAAAUUGUGCAGAUGCCACUCCAAAGGAAGAAACAGACCUACUAUAUGGUGGUUCUAUGGAUGACCUCUGUGAAGACGAGCCAAAGAAGAAGAAAAAGAAGAAGAAAAGGCACCAGGAAGAUCAGGACCCUGUUUUCCAAGCCAGUGACUCCAGUGGCUACCAAAGUGACCAUAAGAAGAAAAAAAAGAAAAGGAAACACAGAGAAGAGAUUGACUCUGCAUCACCUAAGAAGAGACAGUGACUGUCUUUUGUGUUUUUGACAUCCUUACAUACAGGAUAGAUGAAUAGAUGUUGUGUAAGGUAGGGAAUGCUUACAUAUAUGGGAAGGUCACAAACACAUGUUAGUAAUUGGAGAGCUUUGUAUUAAAAUCAUACAUGUGACUAUGUAAAUUUUAGAUAAUACCAGUAGUAUUAAAGUAUCAUUUUAUUACACAGUAUAAAAUGUUAACAACUUAGCAACUGCUUUCAUUCCUGUCUCAGAUGUUAACACGCUCCAUAAAAUUCUACAUUCUCAGUAUUUGCCAAAGAACUUUGUAAUACUUUCAGUUUUUUUUCUGAUAAUAAAUUUUGCCCUUAUUUAGAAUAUGGUUUUAUUUUUAAAUGCUCAAUACAUUUACUACUUUUAAAUUUCCCUUAAACAGUAUUUCUAUUUUAUUAAAUAUGUAUAACUAAAUAAUGUCUAGAACACUUCUGUACCCUGUGGCUUUCAUUGUUCAAUGUGUAGUAGGUGGGAAACUCAUUCUCUCCCAAAUUGUGUGUGUGUGUGUGUGUUUCUCUCACCCUGAGACUACCAUGGGAAGGGCUGUUAACUUUGACCUCAUGUCUCUACAGUAUUCCUUUUGUUAUAUAUGGAUCAUGAGCAAGAUGAAGGUAGAAUAAAUGUGAUUCUUACAAGUUGAAAAUGUUUUUAAUUAUUAGGGUUAGGCUACUAAGAUUGCCUUGAAGAGGAGACAACAAUUAUUGCUUUUAGUGAUAGAAAUGUGGAAUACAUUGUGAGUAACAGAAUGUGGUUAUGAGAGGGUAAGCUGAUUGAGGAUCACAAUCAAUCCAUUGCUAUGCAUUUGUAGACAUUUAACAUCUUGAGGGACAAGGAUGUAAAGUCAAUCAUAAUGUAGUUCUUCCUCCAAUAAGCAAAAUGGGAGGAACACUUGUGUGUGCACAGUAAGGAAAUAGAAAAGGUUAGUAAUACCAUGAAGAAAACAUUGACUCUUCAUUUCGUAGCUGUACAUAUACAGGGGUAGGGCUGACCUCCUUGUCAGUUACGUCUGCUGUCCCUGACUGAGUGGCAGACAUAGUGUAAGCAUUAAUGUUUGAUAAAGAGUAAAUUUUGCCAAUUGUGUUUUUAUAUGUAAAUUUUUACUUAAAUUAGAAAGUCUUAUUUUACAUACCAAUCUCAGUUCCCUCUCCCUCCCAUUCUCCCAUGCUCCCCCAUCAACCCCCCCAUCCACUCCCCAGGGAGGGUGAGGCCUCACAUGAGGGGUCAUCGAUGUCUGACAUGAAACCUAGGCCCUCCCCCAGUAUAUCUAGGCUGAGAGGGUAUCGAUCGAUAGCGAAUGAGCUCCCAAGCCCCUUCAUGCACUAGAGAUAAAUACUGGUUCCACUGGCAGAGGCCCCAUAGGCUGCCCAACUGACACUCACGUUCACGGGGCUGGUUGGGUCCUAUGCUGGUUCCUCAGCUGUCAGAUUGGGGUCUUGACUCCUUUGCUCAUCACUCCUUCCUCUCUACUACUGGAUUCCAGGAGUUCAGCUCAGUGCUUGGCUGUGGAUCUCUGCUUCUGCUUCUAUCAGUUACAGGAUGAAGUCUCGAGGAUGGCAUUAAUCCACGGUCCAUAGAGUCCUAAGGAAUGGCAGCAACUUAGUGUGUACAGAUAUAACUGACAGGGGAAAGGUACAAACCAUCAUCUUGCAGGUAGCAUUUGGGUGGGUCUCUGAACUAUGACUAUUCAUAGUUGUCAGUCAAUAUAAAACAGGAGAUUUUUAAAGAUGUAUUAAAAAAACAACCCCCCCAACAUUGUAAAGUGUCUCGGUAUUUAUAUUGGUAGAAUUUUAACAUUUAAGUAAAAUGCUAAUUUUAGACUGUUUCCACUUUAUUUUUUCCUCGAAGUAUUAAUAAAAAUUGUUCAUGAGAUUCA